GCUGAAAGUAACAACAGGGAGUCUUUGCUAUAAACCGCGUCUUGUUUAGAUUGCCAACCCUGUAAAGACAUUAAACGGUAAGUCAUCAAAGUGUUUUGUUAAAGCUGAAGGCUGACGACGAAAGCUGAACACAUCGUUAGUUGACAGUUGCGGAUUUGAUCGAUCUUCACGUGUUCAAGUGCCACGCGCGGUGUUAGACAACAAAACAACAUUACCGCUUUAACUUAUUUUGGAAGAGAUGUCGUGUUUUGGUGGUGGUCCGAACUUCUGCCCAGAGUGUGGGAAUGUUCUUCCUCUCCCAGGAAUACCGGACGUAGUGUGCUGCCCCGGCUGCUCCUUUAGGAUCCCUGUAUCAGAGUUCUCAGGUCAGGAGAUCUAUUCUGCCGUGGUGUUUAACCCUGCGGAGCAGACGGCUGUGUCUCAGGAUGAGGAGGACUCUGAAAUGAAGGGUGCUGUGAUUGACAGGCGCUGCUCUCGUUGCAACAAAGAGGGUAUGAUUUACCAUACCAGGCAGAUGAGGUCUGCAGAUGAAGGACAGACAGUCUUCUUCACCUGCACACACUGCAGGUAUCAAGAGAAGGAGGACUCCUAAGAAGAGGGUCCUUUGCAUCUCCCCCCUCCUGCUUACUCGGCUAUUGUUGAAGACUGCACAAAAACGAGUUUAAACAGAGCUUACUCUAACCUUUAUUUUAAACUUGAGUUUGUACAGUUAGGAUUGAACAACAUUUAAGUUUAUGUGACUGUUGUACAGCUGACCACGUCAAUAAAACCUUAUUAAAGCAGCA